AUGGCGGCUACUAAAACUGUGCUUACAGAGAAGGCACCGGAGGCGGAGCUAUUGCGGAAGGAUGGGUCGUACUUAUCUUGCUUGGUGGAGGAUAUGUUAGAGGAGAUGGGCGUAACAAAUUACGAUAGCCGCACUACUCAUCUUUUAGUUGAUAUUUUGCAGCGUGAAUCUCUCGGGUUAUUAAAGGAUGCCCAGGAACAAAGUGAAAAUCGUAUAUCAAAAGAAAAAAUGCGAUUACUUCAGGAUAGCGGCAAGCAUGGUUCCACUUUACCAAAAUUAAGCGUUCGUGUAAGCGAGGAGGACGCUCAAUUGGCAUGUCAACAAUACAUCUCACGUGGUGUUGCUCGUUCGUCAUUUCUACAGGACAUUAAAGAGAUGCAACGCUACGCCAACAGUGUCCGUCUUGGUGUGAAGACUAUCUCGUUACCACCAUCUAAGCAGAGCCGUGGUUUUCUUGCUGCACUGCGUUCUAGCGAAGCCGGAAAUAUGGGCUUCUUCCCUACUGGAGCGCCGCCACAUUUGCCAGAAAACAUAGCUCUCAAUACUCUGAUGCCAACAUGGGAUGUAACGGUAAAGAAGGAAAAGUAA